AUGACUCUUCAUUUCACAACAAAUAGUGGACCAGUGACGCUGAUAUCUGUAUAUGCAUCAACUUUUACUUCAGCUGCAGAUGCCAAGGAUCACUUUUAUGAACAACUCAGCAAUGUGGUACAAGGAGUGCACUCUGGGGACCGUCUAUGCAUCCUUGGUGAUUUCAAUGGUCAUAUUGUUAGUGAUUUUGCCACUUGGCCUGACUGUCUAGGCAAACAUGGAGUGGGCAAGAUGAAGGAAAGGGAAAGAUCUGCAUUACUUUCUACACAUUUUUUAAUUAGUGCGGACUGUGACACGGAUCAUGCACUAGUAGUGACAAAAGUGUGCUUUGUGACUAAAAAGUUUCACUCUGCCAGAACACCUUGCAAAACAAAAAUUAAUCUUUGCCAAACAAGAAACACUGCUGCAAUAGAAGUAAUUAGUGAUGAGAUACGAAAAGACGUGGAUCCCUGGGGACCCAGUACUCCUAUUUCCAAAGACUGGAAGAACAUAAAAUUGCUUCAUACUAUUACGGCUGGAAAUGUGUUUGGUAAUCUGGAAGCAAAAUCCCAGAAUUGGUUCAUCAAGAAUGAGUGUUUCAAUGCUGGCGACAUUGGUGGUGUAUACUCGGGCAUCAAAUGGGCCAUUGGACCCAUUCCAAAGAAGAGCGUACCAUUUGAGGGAAUAGAUGGAAAAGUCAUCACAGAUCGAAAUCGUCAGUUGUACUGUUUGGUUGAAAUUUACUCCAGCCUUUACUCACAUCCCAUCAACAUUAGUCCAAACAAAGUGGAUGAAAUUCCUCAGAUGACACCUUACCAUGACUUGGAUGUCACGCUUACUAUGGAUGAGCUUCAAAUAGCAAUUGUACAGCUUAAAUGUGGGAAGCGCCCUGGCAAAGACAACAUCUCCACAGAAAUUGUAAAACUUACGCUAGGUUUUCCACUGUUUUUCAACCUCUUACUGAAAUGUUGGGCUAAGGGUACUGUGCCGCAAGACAUGCACAAUGCCAAUAUCUUUAUUUUAUACAAAAGUAAAGGUGAUCACGGCAAUUGCAACUGUCACCGUCGAAUCUCACUUCUUAGUAUACCUGGAAUAACAUUUGUCCGUGUUGUGUUGCGCAGACUUCACAAGCUUGUUGAGCGCAUAUACCCUGAGGAACAAUGUGGGUUUCACCCCCAAUGA